GCGAACGAUCCGGUGCUAUAUAAGCCAACCAUUGAACCGAAAGUAACCAUCAGUUAACGUUCAGCGAUCGUGUGUGCUCUACCUACUCCAAGCCUAAUCAUGAAGGUUUUCAUUGUCCUAUUCGCCGUGUUGGCCCUUGCCCUUUGCGACGGAGAGACCGACGCAAACAAGAAGGAUAAGCGUGGCAUCGUUGAGCUGAGCAACGGCUACGAUCAGUACUACGGAGGAUACGAUGGCUACUAUGGAAACGACUACCAGCAUCAGGUGACGAACCACGUUACGGUGACGAAGAAGGUCGCUGUCCCGUACCCAGUGGCCGUCGAGAAGCAGGUUCCGGUCGCCGUCAAGGUCCCCGUCCCAGUGCAUGUGGAAAAGCAGGUCCCGUACGUGGUUGAGAAGAAGGUCCCGGUGUACAUUGAGAAGAAGGUCCCAGUGCACGUGGACCGUCCGUAUCCCGUCCCGGUGAAGGUGCCGGUGAAGGUUCCGGUCUACCACAAGCAGGUGGUUGAGGUGGCCAAGCCAUACCCAGUGCCGGUCGAGAAGUCUUACCCGGUGUACGUGAAGGAGCCCCACUACGUGCACAAGACGGUUCCGUCGACGGUGUACGACCACGAUUCGACUGUGUACGGCAGCUCGGUCGGCUACGAACACAAGCCACUGUGGGGUUAAUUCUCCACCACGAUCUUAACCGCUUUUUACCAGCACUUCGCUCCGUCAAUGAACACUACCAGUAAUCAAACCAAACAAAUAUAUUCUUGUAAAUAACUCAAA